AUGGCACCAAUGAUCCAGCCGAUGGAGCAGCAGAUCACAGUGGAGGGCCCGACGAUAGCCAUCUUCAAUGUGGCGAUGAUCGGGCACGUGAACCCUACCUUCGCCCUGGUCCAGGAGCUCCGCAGGCGUGGCUGCAAGGUGCACUACUUCUUGCCGCCCGUUGCACCGAUCCGUGCUGCUGCCAUCGAAUCCGGGGCAGUCGUGGAAGGCUACCUCCCUGAGGAUCCAUCAGACUUCGUGAUGGAGAAAUGUGGCAUUGACGAGCCUUUGAUUCACAUUGUGCCGGAGAUUCUGGAAGAUGACCGUGCAGAAUUCGAGAGAUCGGUUUGGCCCCUUGCCCAGGCCCUCCUGUGUGGGGAGCACGUCAUAGAGCGGUGCCGACAGCUGGGAGUCAGCGUGGUUCUCUACGACCCCUUCCUGCCUCUUGGGCUUUUGGCAGCCACGAAGCUUGGCAUCCAAUGUGCUUCCUUGGUCACCUACCCUGGUAUGGGCAGCCUUUCCGGCUUGAUGUCGUCCUUGGAAGCUGAAGGGCGGCUGGAGCGCGCGGCCACUAUCCGAAGGCCUUACGGGAAGGCUAUCCAGGAGAAGUUCGGCGUGGACUUGUCCUGCGACCUCCUCACUCGCCGGCAGUUCUACACGAAAGCUAAUUUUGUCACCACUUGUGAGGACUUGAUCGCUGAGCUGCCAGCUUUGGGAGAGCGGAACUGGGCGGAUGAGCUGCGCAGGGAGUUCAGCUUUUCAGCCGUCGGUUGCCUCGUUAGCAGCUCUGCGCCACAUGUGAUCACAGCACGGUCAGACAGCUUCAUCCCGCGCGUGAAGAGUUUCGGCCACUCCUUGCCCGUGGCAGAGCUCUCGGAUCAGGUGGCCAAGGGCAGGAAGAUCAUCUAUGCCGCCCUGGGCACCAUGGCGCUUUCAGACCGGUGGAGCAUUGACCUUGGCCGCAUCAGUGCGGCCAACCUUCCUUACGGAACCACUGGCAAAGCCUUCUGCCAGCAUGUGUGGAAAGCUCUCCUCGCUGCCAUGGAGGAGCUUGGGGAUGACUUCUUUUGUGUUCUCUCGGUGGGGAAGCAGCCGGAUGCCCUGGACUUCCUCGGUAGCAGCGAGGCAGAGAUCGAUGAGCUCGUACCUAGCAACGUCCUGAUCCGUGGCUUUGUGCCACAAGUGGAAAUGUUGAACAACUACGCAUCCGCCUUUAUCUCUCACGUCGGCUUCAACAGCCUCCAGGAGAGCCUCAUGGCAGGAGUGCCCCUGGUGGCCAUCCCACAGGCAGUCGACCAGCCCGCGAACGCCUUCAAAGUGGGGCAGAGAGGCUGGGGCCAAGCUUUCUUCAAGCCCAUGGAGACAGUCACCAGCACUGCUUUGGCGGAGGCUUUGCGCCGGGUCUGCGAUGAGAGUGGCGGAUACCGACAGGCAGUGCAGUGUGCCCGCUUGGAGCUCGCGGGAGGCGCGCCGCGGCUGGCCGAAAGUGUGGUUUCGAUGGCCCUGGGCGGUUGCUAA